AUGAUCGGGUUGUGCCUGUGCUGUCAGUUGUCGAUUCGACAGCUGCUGUUGCUGCUGUUGCCGCUACUGCUGCCGAUGCAGCAACUCUUGUGGGGUGUAAUUGUUUUUCAGGCUCCGAGCGCGCGGUGCGCUAUUGCGUUUUUCUGCCACCAGCACUGCGACGCUCAAGAUAGCUUCGCCGGUGCCGCGGUGAUGCUACGGUCGCUCAUCGCUCAGGUGGCUCUCAGCCUCGAUCUCAGCUUCCUGGUCGAGGAGCAGCUCCACACGAUCGCAACGCAGGAUGUGUCCACCCUGCGCGAUCUUAUCGCAAAGGUGGUCAAGCGGGCCCCCGUAAAAAGCGUUGUAUGCAUGAUCGACGGAGUGGACUUCUUGAGCAACCAGCUUCAUGUGUACUGGGUGGAGGAGGUGCUGCGGUUUCUGAAUAGCCUGCUGGGUGUUGUGGCGGGCAGCCGGUCGGAUCUUAUGUUCAAGAUCCUCGUGACCACACCGAGAAGCGAGUCCAGCAUCGCAAUGGUUUCUUUAUCGGGUGGAGCUACCCAUGCUUAA